AUGCACCAGGACAUGCUGGGAGCCAACUGUCUGGAGAGCAGCUUUGCAGAAAGGGCCCUGGGGUUCAUGGUGGCCACCAAGUUGAACGUGAAACAGAAUGUGCCCUUACAACAAAGAAGGCUAAUGGUGCACUGGGAGGAACGUUGUCAGCAGGUCAAUGGAGGUGAUCCUUCCCCUCUGCUCAGCACUGCAAACGUGUGUGUUGUGAAGGUGGAUGGGACUCCUUAUCUGUGUAAAGCUGAUGAGGUUGGAGAAAUAUGUGUGAAUUCAGGUGCAACUGGGAUGGCAUAUUUCGGCCUCCUCGGAAUCACCAAGAAUGUGUUCGAGGCCAUUCCACUGACGGCAGCCGGCGUGCCUGUUUCAGACCAACCCUUUACAAGAACAGGAUUGCUUGGCUUUGUGGGUCCUGACUAUUUGGUGUUUGUGGUAGGAAAAUUGGAUGGCCUAAUGACGGUUAGUGGCCGCAGGCACAAUGCGGAUGAUGUGGUAGCCACUGCAUUGGCUGUCGAACCCAUGAAGUUUGUCUAUCGUGGAAGGAUAGCAGUGUUUUCUGUGACCGUUUUGCAUGAUGAUCGAAUAGUGCUUGUGGCAGAGCAGCGCCCUGAUGCGUCAGAGGAGGAUAGUUUUCAGUGGAUGAGCAGGGUUCUACAGGCAAUUGACAGCAUUCACCAAGUGGGCGUCUACUGUCUUGCCUUGGUGCCAGCCAACACAUUGCCAAAGGCUCCACUUGGAGGAAUUCAUAUUUCAGAAACGAAGCAGCGCUUUUUAGAGGGUGCUCUGCACCCUUGUAAUGUCUUGAUGUGUCCACAUACUUGCGUUACUAACCUGCCUAAGCCUCGACAGAAACAACCAGAUGUUGGUCCUGCUUCAAUGAUAGUAGGAAACCUUGUUGCUGGGAAGAGAAUUGCACAAGCCUCAGGGAGAGAUGUUACCCAGUUGGAGGAUAAUGACCAGGCAAGAAAGUUCCUGUAUUUGGCAGAUGUUCUUCAGUGGCGAGCUCAGACAACUCCAGACCAUCCCCUCUUCCUUUUGUUGAAUUCCAAGGGCACUGUAGCUAGCACUGCAUCGUGCAUACAGUUGCACAAGAGAGCAGAGAGAGUGGCAGUUGCACUGAUGGAGAAAGGACGACUGAAUGUUGGUGACCAUGUGGCCCUGGUUUAUCCUCCAGGAGUAGACUUGAUAGCAACUUUCUAUGGCUGCUUGUAUGCUGGCUGUAUACCUAUCACCGUUCGCCCACCUCAUCCACAGAAUCUUGCUACCACUCUGCCCACUGUCAAAAUGAUUGUAGAGGUCAGUAAGUCUGCAUGUAUACUGACCACACAAGUGAUAAUGAAACUGCUGAAGUCCAAGGAAGCUGCAACAGCUGUAGAUAUUAAAACGUGGCCCACUAUUUUGGAUACAGAUGAUAUGCCUAAAAAGAAGCUGGCUAGUAUUUUCAGACCUACAUCUCCAGAUAUGUUGGCAUACUUGGACUUCAGCGUGUCUACUACUGGUAUAUUAGCAGGAGUAAAGAUGUCACACGCAGCUACAAGUGCCUUAUGCCGCUCUAUAAAGCUACAGUGUGAGCUGUACCCUUCACGUCAGAUUGCUAUCUGCCUUGACCCUUAUUGUGGCUUGGGAUUUGCACUGUGGUGCUUGUGCAGUGUAUAUUCGGGUCAUCAGUCUAUUCUAGUCCCUCCUCUGGAACUGGAGAGCAAUGUGUCUCUGUGGUUGUCUGCUGUAAGUCAGUAUAAAGUGCGCGUCACGUUCUGCUCUUACUCCGUGAUGGAGAUGUGCACCAAAGGGCUUGGAACACAGACUGAUAUACUCCGGAUGAAAGGAGUUAAUCUGUCCUGCGUGCGAACAUGCAUGGUGGUUGCAGAGGAGAGACCAAGGAUUACAUUAACACAGUCUUUCUCUAAGUUAUUCAAAGACCUGGGCCUCUCUGCUCGUGCAGUGAGCACUACAUUUGGGUGCAGGGUCAACGUAGCGAUUUGCUUACAGGGAACAGCAGGACCGGAUCCAACAACAGUCUACGUAGAUAUGAGAGCACUUCGACAUGACAGGGUGCGUUUGGUAGAGAGAGGUUCUCCACACAGUCUGCCGCUUAUGGAGUCUGGGAAGAUUCUUCCAGGGGUGAAGGUCAUCAUAGCACACACAGAAACCAAGGGACCUCUGGGAGACUCGCAUUUAGGAGAGAUAUGGGUGAGUAGUCCACACAAUGCUACUGGUUACUACACAGUGUAUGGAGAAGCAGCACUGCACGCUGAUCACUUUACUGCUCGCUUGAGUUUUGGAGACACUCAGACCGUAUGGGCUCGGACUGGGUACCUUGGCUUUCUGCGCAGAACAGAACUUACUGAUGCCAGUGGAGAGAGGCAUGAUGCCCUGUAUGUGGUAGGCUCUCUGGAUGAAACACUGGAGCUCAGAGGAAUGAGGUACCAUCCCAUUGAUAUAGAGACCUCUGUAAUAAGGGCACAUAAGAGCAUUGCAGAAUGCGCUGUGUUUACAUGGACCAACUUGCUGGUGGUGGUUGUGGAAUUAGAAGGCUCAGAACAAGAAGCGUUGGACCUGGUUGCCCUGGUAACAAAUGUGGUUCUGGAAGAGCAUUAUCUCAUAGUAGGUGUUGUAGUCAUUGUGGACCCCGGUGUUAUUCCUAUCAAUUCCCGUGGUGAGAAACAACGAAUGCACUUGAGAGACGGAUUUUUAGCUGACCAAUUGGAUCCUAUUUAUGUUGCCUACAACAUGUGAAAACAGAAAAUCACAUCAAGGCUAAAGCACCAAAAUCAAGGGACUUCCCGAAUAAUAACAUUGGAAUCCAUUUUCUGUGUUUUUAAAAGCUGUUGAAGACCUUAGGAAAAUGGAGAUACUAAUCUUCACAGACCUUCAUCUCUCAGAUUGCAUUUGCUUUCAUAAAUCCAAUGUAACAUAAUCCAAUGUCUUAGGAUGGAGAGUUUACUGGAAUUCCUGAAGGAAACUUAUUAGAGCUAUCAUGGACCAAUGUUUUUUUACAAUAAUUAUGAAUGUCAGUACUUGAUGCACUGCAUAAAAGGACAUAAACCGGGGUGGGGAGAGAACACCAGCUGUGAGGAGGACUCUUGGAAAUAAUACUGAAAGUCGUGAGUAACCGUUCGGAGUUCACCCUCCAUGUGAUUGUUUGCAAUAUAUUGGCAGUAUCUGGGUUGGGACGUAACUUUCAAGAUUGCACACAUCUCUACCAUGUUCUCUACUGUACUGAAAGGAACUUUGCACAUAUUUGAGAUUUAAAAAUGCAGCCUUUUUAUUUUAAAUCACUGACUCAUCCCUAUUCAGAAGAAACAAAUUCAUUCCAAUCCCAGAUUCAAUAUAACAACAAUUAUGCUGCUGUUCAGCUUUUUUGUACCAAGCAAAAACAAAUACUGCAACUCUAACAAGGUUACUUAUUGUGCCACGCUGGACUCUGUAAUGCUAUAAACUUUAUAAUAAAAUAUAAAUUAAUAUCCAGUUUUAACUACUUGAUACAGGAGCCUUCACUGCUCUUGUUGUCGUAACUUCAUGUUAAAGUUGCUUGUUUUCAUAGCAUUAGCUGUUAAUUACCGCCCUGCAUAAUGCCAAGUAUUUGAAAAGUCAUUCCAAAGCCAAUAGUCUCUGAAUGAUUUGUAGAAAUGUUUACAAAGCAUGGUCUUAAAAUAUGUUUUCCCCAAAUAUCCUGUGCUAAAACUUAUGAUAGUGAUUUUUUUUUUUCCACCAUGGAAAAGAUAUUCAGUGUUAGUUAGCUUGAUCUGCUGUGGUACAAACUUUUUUUUUAGAGUUGUAUUUAGACAGACUUUUCUGUUCAAGCUGAAAUACCCAGUUGGUUGAGUCACACUUGACUAAUUAAGGCUUUGAAGUUUCUGCCUGAUCUAAUACUGCAGUGAACCUAAAUCAGAAAGAGAAUGUGAAAUUAUUCAAAUACUUCAUGUAUUUGAAGGUGAGCAUGAGACUAGCAAAUAAUUAUUUUUAUAGCAUUGUUAAAGACUUUGAGCUACAUAAAAUUUUUUUACUAAUGCAUGAGUUUGGCAAAAGAGCCAGGUUUUUCUGCAAGGCAAUUCUGCCUGGAUCAGUGCCUAAGAAAGAUGGAUGUCAGUCUCCUGAUACGAGGAUAUCAGAUUGACUCUUGGUCAAAUAAACUAUAAAAUCUUCAACAAAAAGCUUUCAUAUAUAGUAGUUCUUUGCCCUCAUGGUGUUUUACUGUGGUGUAUUAUACAGCUGCAUACUCUACUAUGACUGUAAUUAUGUACAGAAAUUGUGUAACUUAUUGUUUAAGUACAGUAACCUCUAGCAGUGGACUAUGGGGCACCCCUCAUAACAAAACAGCUGGCAAAAGGAAAGAACUACCUAACCCCAAUUUUAAUGUUGUAGUUUUUUAGCAAAUAAAGCAUUGCAAGAUUUUUGUAUUGAGAUAUUGAUGACAGUGAGACAAGUUGCCUUGUAAAGUAAACCUAAAACAAAAAGCACAUUAAACAUUUCAGAACA